CCAUGCUUUCGGUAUAUUAAACCCAUUGCCUUAACUUUUGGAUUCGAAAAUCCGGAAGGGCACGUCAUCCCGUCUGUUCGUCACUCAGCUUUGCUUUCCCGUACAUCCAAACCGUGUCUUCCUUCUGCUCCUACAGUGGUGUCCUCUCCUCUCCCAAACAGUUGCCUACGAUUGUACCUGGUGGGAGACAAAUGGUUCCCCCUUUCCCCUUUCCCCACUCCAUAAUCCCUUUCUUCUCUCUUGCAAGUUGCAGCGAAAACCCUAAAAAUUUCCUCGCUGCUGGUCACCAUGGAACCCGCUGUAGUGCACGGCGGUAGCAAUGAAGAUUCGGAUGACACGGUUUCGUCGAGCCCUAUCCAUGAGGAGCAACAAUAGAAACUGGCGGUGGUGGUGGGCAUGGACCAGCAGGAGAAAGGGUUAGAGUUGGUGGAACCGCCGAUGUUCAGGAUGGAAGACGGGAGAAGCUCGGCUGCUGCCGAGGAGGGGACCUGGAAUGGGCACUAUUCCCUGGCCAGGGAAAAGUAGGGCGACGGUGGUGAGCUCAAUUUUACUUUUGUAUUAACCGAUUGAUCUUCCUCCUACCGCAACACCCAAAAAAUUAACUUGCUUCUCAGUUUACUUGAUUUUACUGUUGCAGGCACAAGCUAACCAUGGAGCUUGGAGCAGCAGCAGCAAAUGUAAUUGACAAUUAAUGCAGAAUUACAAAAACUGGUUUGGGAGGCCGGUGCCAUCGACAUCAGGUUCCCGUUCACCAUCAAUGGUAGGCCAUCUUCAGGUUAGGACUUUAGAAUAGACAAUUUUGAGUGAAAGCACUCACAAGUUUUGCUCUUUAAGAGAGGGUAGAGCUAUGAACCUGAUACUGUGGGAUUACCAGAUGGGGAAUGCUAACAGUAACAAGAGAUGAUGUGAGAGGGGCAAGAAGGUGACAAAACUGCCAUUUAAGACUGAAACCAACCAAAUCUGAGCUACUACUAAUAAUCAAUUUAAUAUUUAUGUUUUGUUCUUUAAUAUGUUUUUGUGAAGUGCACACGCAAAGGGGCUUUAGUGUUCUUACCGCUUCUUUCUUUCACUUGCUGUUCUUAUUUCAAAGAUUGUAUCUGGUUGCUAUUUGGCUCUGUGUGGAGUCUGUUGUUGAGGAAUUUCCCCAUCUCACUAUGGCAGGUCUGAACGAAAAGUUCAUUGGAUUCGCAUAAUAUAAGCAAGAUUUUUCAUUGUUUGUUCAUCUUGGUUUGAUGUUAUCAGCUCUACUAUUGCAUCAUUACGAUGCUUUUGAUUCUCUGGUUAGUGGGUGGAUAAUACAUUAGAAAAUGACCUGAUUGUGAUUAAUAAUGGAGUUCUCCGUUUUUAUGAAUAAUAAUGGAGGUUAAUGUGUAUCAAAUUUCUACCCUCUCUCUGUUCACCAUAAAAACGAGAACAAAGUUUCACAAACCUUGGACAAGAUGGACUUCAGAAUAUUUGUGGUGUUUUGUUGCACAUCAACAUGGGUAAGGAUUGCAUAGAUUCUUUUUAUAUAUUAGUUGUUUCUCGGUUUUGACAGAAUUACUGGUUUGACAUGUGAGCUUUGGUUGGAUUAUAGGUUAGUUUUAAUUUGCUUCUCUUGGAUUUAGCAAAGUUAAGGACACAGUUGGUGCCAGCAAGCUUUGAUAGUAAUGCUUAUGUUUCUAUGAUGCAUGGUUCGUGGCUGAUUGCUUAUGGCAUUACAGGUGGUCUCCGUUGAAGUUGCUUCUUCAGUUUUAUUUUUCCUUCUUUGUUGGAUUCAGAUUCCCUUAUAUUGAUUAUUUUGACAGAAUGUGUCAGCCCAAAUCAGAGGACGAGAAAGCAGAGGUAAAUACACAAGACUGGUUGGAUAUACUGGAGUUCACAUUGAACUGAAGUCGACAAUCAUUCAUGGUACUAAUCAAUGUUGUUUUAUCUCUUCCCCUUUAUCUUUAGUUCCUUUAGCUUACUACCUGAUGUGUUAGGCCUCUUUACGAAGUUGAAAUGCUUGAUUGAUGUCAUAGAGCCUCCAUUACCAAUUGAUAGAGUAUGCAAGUAUAUAGUUUGUAACCUAUAAUUCGGCCAAGGAUCAUAGCUGCUUCAGUGGAACAAGAUAUGAUUUUCUCAACUCUUUGGAGUCUCCUUUGUGAAAACAUUCACCGAAUUUAGAUAAACCAGCAAAUGAUCAUAGCACGUGAAUAUUCUCUAAACAUAUCCUUCCCCUUAUGUGUUUUUCUAUUCUUGAUCCAUCAGCCCUUUGUUUUUGUGAGUUUAUCUGAUGUCAAUUUCAUAUUUCGGUAUUAGAAUUAUGACAACCAGAAACUUAUGUAUUCAGAGAAGUUUGCAGAUCAUCCAACAAGUUGAAAGAAAGGUAAUUUAGCUACACUUUCUCCUUCGUUAAAAGUGAAAACUACUACAAACCUUAUUUUUUCUGGAUUUGUAGGGCUAAGUAUUCUUACUCUUUUCCAUAUCUCUUGGAUUUAAGCUGAACUAGCUGGUGGUUCAGGGGAGUUUUGUGAUGCUUACUUGACUUCUUCCUUUCUUAAUGCAAACUUGAAACACAAGGGAGGUUAACUCUUAUCAUAGAGUCAGCUUUCAACAUUUUAUAGAAAAUGUGUGGAUACUAUAGUGAGACUUUCAACCGAAAAGAUUAGCAUGGUUCCUUUAGUACCUUAUUGUUGUAGGGACUCUAGCUACCGGAAGAGAGAAAAUAAGAAAUAGAGGAUACCCAAAAAAAAUACGGAGAAACUACAGGCUGCUCAAUGAGGUCAAAUUCGAGGAAAUUGGUUUGGGGGAGGAGACAGGUUGUAGAACUUUCCAGAACAUCUAAAACAUUUCAGCUCAAGGAAGUGAACACAAAAAAGAGUGGUGGAGAAGGGAAAAGCAAGGUGAAAUUGACUACUCCAGUGAGAAACCAAACCGUCCACUGGAGACAAAUACAAAAGGAAUAUCAGAAUGGAGGGACAAUGUCUCUACAAGUUCAAGGAAUCCAAACUUCUUCACCACCAUAGCUGAAGGUCGCAUGAAGCAUUGUUACAUUGUAGAUUCAUCCAUUUUUAUCAAACGAAAUUGUCUUCUUUUCCAAAGGAAAUUUCUAUCAAAUGCCUAUACUUGGAGAUAUCUCUCGUUUGUAGUGACUGGGGGAAACUACUUUUUUACUAAUUAUUUGAUAUUGUGUGGUUAUGAAGAGAUUUCGGACCUUCAAACAUAAUUUGAUGUUUGAGAGCGAUGAUUGACUAUGGAACUCGAGAUGCGAAGGUUUGCCAACUAUACUUCCAAUAUUGUGAAAUUCAGCCCAGUUACAAGAAUACAACAAACUCAAUUGA